UACAGAGCUGUUUCAGCCUAAAUUGGCUGCAAUCACUUCCCCCAUGCUUGAGUGCGCAGAGCUGUACUUCAACGUGGACCAUGGCUACCUGGAGGGCCUGGUUCGUGGAUGCAAAGCCGGCCUCCUGACCCAGCAGGACUACAUCAACCUGGCCCAGUGCGAGACCCUAGAAGAUCUCAAAAUCCAUCUCCAGACCACUGAUUAUGGCAACUUCUUGGCCAAUCAAACAAAUCCUCUUACUGUUUCCAAAAUUGACACCGAGAUGAGAAAACGAUUAUGCAGAGAAUUCGACUCUUUCCGGAAUAACUCCUUGGAGCCCCUCAGCACAUUUUUCACCUACAUGACGUGCAGUUACAUGAUAGACAAUGUGAUUCUGCUGAUGAAUGGUGCAUUGCAAAAAAAGUCUGUGAAAGAAAUUCUGGUGAAGUGCCAUCCAUUGGGCCGUUUCACAGAAAUGGAAGCAGUCAACAUUGCAGAGACACCCUCAGAUCUCUUCAAUGCUAUUCUGGUGGAAACACCGUUAGCUCCAUUCUUUCAUGACUGUAUGUCUGAAAAUACCCUAGAUGAACUGAAUAUUGAAUUACUGCGCAAUAAACUGUACAAGUCUUACCUUGAGGCAUUCUACAAAUUCUGUAAGAAUCAUGGUGAUGUCACAGCAGAAGUUAUGUGUCCUAUUCUUGAGUUUGAGGCCGACAGACGUGCUUUUGUCAUCACUCUUAACUCUUUUGGCACGGAAUUGAGCAAAGAAGACCGGGAGACCCUCUACCCGACGAUCGGCAAACUCUAUCCUGAGGGGUUGCGCCUGUUGGCACAAGCGGAAGACUUUGACCAGAUGAAGAGAGUAGCGGAUCAUUAUGGAGUAUACAAGCCUUUGUUCGAGGCUGUAGGCGGCAGUGGGGGAAAGACGUUGGAGGAUGUGUUUUAUGAGCAUGAGGUACAAAUAAAUGUUCUGGCAUUCAACAGACAAUUCCACUAUGGUGUGUUUUAUGCAUACGUAAAGCUGAAGGAACAAGAAAUGAGAAAUAUCGUGUGGAUAGCAGAAUGCAUUUCACAGAGACAUCGAACUAAAAUCAACAGUUACAUUCCAAUUUUAUAACCCGCAGGGGGUAAGGGAGGCUCAAAUGUAGAAAGACAUAAAUAUUACUGGAAAGUUAUUGAGGUAAAUAGAAGAAAUUGUGUUAUAUUAUCUAGGUUACACAAAAAUAAGCC